UAAUAAUAUCAAUUUUAAUCGCAAGUGGUUUUAUGGAAAAGUUAAAGUGAAUUUCAAAUAUCAUACGAAAAUUAAAAUAUAGUGGCUAAGCUUAAAGCUUUAGUAAUAAAAUAAAAUUUUAAGAAAUACAUAAUUAUAAAUAAUUGUCUUUGGUAGCGACAGCAAGCAUUAAGAUCUGGUCAGUUUGAAAAAGUGCAUAGCUUCUUAUAAGGUGUGGAUAAAGUUUGCAGUUUGAGUAAAGAAAUUAUAAGUGUUAAAAAAUACAAAAUUUCUUAUAAUAUGGCAAUGAUGUUGUACAAAAAUUAAUUUUAGAAUUGUCGUGGAAGUUACCAGCUAUUGCGGGCUUCGGGGCAGAGGCUGUGGCGCAUGCGUGUCCGAUAUUCGUGAGUGUAUACAGCGGUCUGUACUGCGCACGUAGGAGAGUGUUUCGUCGUUCCGAUACAGUUCCAUCGCGUCGUUUCCGUUCUAAUCAACUUGAUAUAGUUUAUUCAGGUUGUUACGACGUUUGAGUCCUUUAAUAAGCGCCGUCGAAUUGCCUUUUGUCCCCAUAAAAAAAUCUUUUAUGUUUGUGUGUGAUUGUUGAUUUUGAAAUCCAUAACGAGCUAUUUUAGUGAGUGCCAUCGAAUUCUUACAUUUCCCGCUAUCGCCGUAAUGAGGUGUGCUUUUGCUUGCGGCAGCACAAGCAGCAGCACCGAAACCGGCAGCAGCAGAAGUAGCGGGAGCAGAAGUUCGGCAUGAAAUGGAAGCGGCCAUACGCUCAUCAGUGCAGGUUGGUGGUCCACCACCUACAUCAGGUGGUCAACAGCAACAGCACCACCACCAACAACAGCAGCAGCAGCCGCAGCAACGUGGCGGUAAUCCGCAGCAACAAUCGCACUUGCAUGAUAAUGGGCCAUCGCCACAACAACAACAGCAUCAGCAGCAGCAGCAGCAGUAUCAUCAACAACUUAGCAGUCUACCCACACACCAUCAUCAACAUCACCAACUACCGCAAACGCAGCAAUCAGCUGCACAGCAACAACAACAAAAUAAUAAUAGCGGUACUAACAGUGCGCAACAGCAGCAUCAACAGCAACAGCAACAACAGGCUAAUAUGUCAGCUUAUCAACAGCGCAUGGCGUCCGGUCCGUCGCAGAUUCACAGGCCAAUCGAUGGGUCGCAGUCGUACACGAAGGGCGGCGGCGCACUUGGUCAGCAAUCUACUCACUCGGCCGCAACAGCAGCAGCAGUCGCUGCCGCCGCCCAGCAACAACUACAUCAGCAAAUGCAUCAAAUGCAUCAGCAACAUCAACAGCAGCAACAGCAGCAGCAAGCUGCUCAGCAGCACCAGCAGCACCAGCAGCAGCAAGCCGCUCAGCAACAACAGCAGCAGCAUCAUCUCCACCAUCAUCAGCAGCAACAGCAACAGCAGACCGCCCGUUCUGCAGCUAGUCCUCUAUCACCACCACGACCCGGUCCAGGCUCAGCGGCCGCCGCCAACACGUACGCCAAGUUUGCGGAACUCAGUGCAGUGCGGGAAGCGCCGCAUCCCUAUAUCCAGCAAACUUCGUAUGGUAUUGGUCCACCAGGCGCUCAAUAUCGUGACAACCCCUACACGCGAAUACCUCAGAUGGCACCCGAUUUUCAACGAGCAGCAGCAGUUGCCGCAGCGGGUGGUAGCGCGCAAGUGCCCACCAGCGUUGUGCAAGUACCGGGAGUUGGACUACAGCCACCACCACCUAGUGUUGGCAGUGGAUCCCACCUUGAAGCUUUACAUUUCGCGCAUCAACAGCCAUCUUCAGGACAACAAGCGGUCAAUGCAGCGCAUGUUCUCAGCGGUGCGAACGUUGGAGGCGGAGGCGGUAAUGCAGCAUCGCCUCUAAAUGCAAACAACGCAGCAGGCAAUGCUAACUUAAUACGCCAGCGAAUAAUACUGCCAGCGCAUCACUAUUCCAGUGAAUAUCUGGCGAACGCUAAUGCUGUAGCGGCAGCGAAUGCGCGCAGCCAGCAGCAACAUCAACAACAGCAGCAGCAACAACAACAUCAACAGUUGCCACAGGCUCCACCCGAUCCGGGGGGACAGCCUUACAAGAAAAUGCGACUGACAGAAACGACGGCAAAUACAGUCAGCAACUCAAACCACCUGCCACCCAAAGUAAUGAAUGCCGCGCAACCACAGCCACGUCAGACAUCACCAUCUGCUGCAUCGCUGGCGGUCGCGCAACAGCAACAUCAGCACCAACAGCAGCAACAACAACAGCAGAAGAUCAUAGCUGGAGGUAAUUUUCGUAACAGUGCAUCACAAAUAUUGCACCAGUCCCUUCCACAUUCGCAUUUGACCGUAGUUUCAAGCAGCCACGUGGUUAAUACCCAGCCACCCCCCUCAGCGAUGCAACAGUUGAAAGUGGAUACCCAACCACCAAUGUUAACAUCAGCGGGUACACCACCUACUAAUCGCAGUAUUACAAGUACAGUGAUGGGUGGAAGCAGUGGUAUGGGAGGAGUUGGCAUUGGCGGUAGUGUCAGCGUCUUAAAUGCUCCGCCAAACGAAUCCUUUUUGAUAGCAAGUAGUGGCACAGUUGCACCUCCCGUGAAAUCUUCGUCCUCAUCUGAGGGAUACCAUCCGCAAGUUGAAGCCAUCUCACCCACACUGCCAAACGACAACGUCGAGGAGCGUGGCAGCGCCGUCACGGAGGAUCUGCUAACGCAAAUACAGAAGGUGGACGCAGAUAUACAGAGUGCAGAAAAUACGAUGGAGACGUUGCGUAAGCAGGAAAAAGGCCUCAAUGACAAGGUCAUACUGAGCAAACAAAAGCGUGAGCAGGAAAUACUUGCUGCUGAGAACGAUGAUGCAGUAAAAAUGGAGCAUACCUGGAGAUUGCAAACAUUAGCGCAAAAAAUAUACGAGGCGAACCGUAAAACGGCGGCCGCGCAACAUUCCAUACUCAACCAUUGCGGUAACCGCAUCACAUUGCCGUUGUAUAAUCAGCCGUUGGAUGUAGAGCUACUGACGACGUUAAUUAAACGGCAUCAAACGAUAGUGCGCACGCCAUUGUUGGAGCACAUAUGUAAACUGAAACAUGAACGUUGGGAGCACAACAGCGGGUUGGUGGAAACAUAUGCGCAAAUGUCCAGUGAAUGGCAAAAGCGCGUCGAAAAGUCGGAAGGCAGUGCGAAGCGAAAGGCACGGGAGGCUAAGAAUCGCGAGUUCUUUGAGAAAGUCUUCACGGAGCUGCGUAAGCAACGGGAGGACAAGGAGCGCUUCAAUCGCGUUGGUUCACGUAUCAAAUCUGAGGCCGACUUGGAGGAAAUCAUGGACGGUCUGCAAGAGCAGGCCAUGGAGGAUAAAAAGAUGCGUUCAUAUGCCGUCAUACCACCACUGAUGUUUGAUGCUCGCCAACGUCGUUGCAUCUACCACAAUGAAAACGGCUUUAUUGAGGAUAUGGUUGCGGUUCAUAAAGAGCGACAGACACUGAAUGUGUGGACCGCAGGCGAAAAAGAGAUUUUUAAAGAAAAAUUCUUACAGCAUCCGAAGAAUUUUGGCGCCAUAGCGGCCAGUUUGGAUCGCAAGUCGGCACAGGAUUGCGUACGCUACUACUACCUCAGUAAGAAAACGGAGAAUUACAAGCAACUACUGCGUAAGUCACGGCAACGUACGCGAUCGUCACGAAACCCGCAAAAGGCACAACAGCAACAGACACAGUGCAUUAUUGAUUCACUGACGACAGGCGUAACAACUCGGUUGCAACGUGAACAGCAACAGAAGACAGGCGGGCGUUCUGCUGCAGCGGAGCGAGAACGCGUUGAACGAGCAGAGCGUGCCGCGGAACGCGCAGCAGCGGAUGCGGCAAAAGCUGCAGCAACUGCUCACGCAAAGUCCACUAAUAAGGGAGACAAUGGUAACAAUGCUACUGCGGCAGCAUCCGAAACCACCAUCGUCGCAGACUCGACUGAAGUAGCCAAAGGCAAGGCGAACGCUACAUCCACUGCAGCUCAAAAAUCUAACAACACGUCCAAUAACAGCAACAGCAUAACUGUUACUACUGCCACGACAACGGCGUCUACAAAAGCUGGUGAGGUUGAAAAAGCUUCUGAAAGCUCAGCAGCUGGUCAACAUGCAAUAACCGCAACGACAGAUGACGCACAGAGUGGCACUGCGGCGAAAGCGAAAAGCGACGACACGAAUGCCAGCGAAGCAAAUUCAAAAAGUACAAUUUCAACAUCGACGCUAGCUACCACAGCCACCAAUGCAACAAGCAAUGCCUCAAAUGUGGAUGAAAAUAGUAGAAAGUCGCUAGCAGCUUUCGUACCAAUUGCGGCGAAUAGCGAAAUGGAUGUGGAUAGUAAAAAACUGAUGGACGAAAAGAGUGUCGUUGUUCGCACCAGUGGUAGUGGUACUAAUGUUCCACCAGCGGACACGAACACCUUCAGCGUCACAAAUGUCGUGCCUGGCAUGAUACAUCAUCCGCCUUGUGUCGUUCCGAAUGGUAUCAAAACUAUUUAUGCUACCACAAUGGCUCAGGCGGUGGCUGCAGCUAGCGCCAAUGAAGAUGUCAAAAUGAUUGCUGUGGCCGAUAAGAUCGGCGCAGCGGCAACAGAAGCAACGGUCGCGGCUGUAAACACCUUAGAUGCUGCCAGCGGUAUUAAGGUGAGCGCUGGCAAUAGUGUGGCCACGCCCACUACCUCAACAACCGCUGGAAAUUUUCUCGGGCAAAAACUCAAAGCGGCGCAAGUGGAAGGCGUUGGUGCCGGUAAUGAUGUCAACUCAGAUGUUAGUGAUCCAAAACGGAAGCGUCUCGACGUCACGACGAACGUAGAUGGCUCCACCAUAAAUUCCUCCUCCUCCUCCACAACUACAAAAAGCAACAGUAACAACACUUCCUCCUCCUCCACACUAACCAACUCCACUACGAAUCUACACACUCUUAGCGGUAAUCCUGCAAAUAACAAUAACAAUUCUAUGGAUGUUUUAACUGGAGCUGGCUUGGUGAUAUCCACACCACUCGUCGAUGUUUCGCUCACAACAACAUUGACUACGAAUGUUGUGGCGACGCCGGCUUCCAAUGGCAGCGGUGUGACCCUCAACACCACACCGGUAACUGCAACAUCAAUAACGUUUACAACGACUGAAGGCAACAAUGCCAUCGACGGCAAAGAUAAAUUGGCUACAUGCUUCGUUUGCAAGGCAGAGGCUUGUCCUCGUACACGUCCUCUUAAAAAGGGUCGCGGGCAACAGUAUGGCAUUCCAGAUGACACAAUACCAGUGGGAGCGCGAGUCUGUAACUCGUGUCAAUGUAAAUCGGUACGUAAUCGUUAUACGAAUUGCCCCAUUCCGACGUGUCCGAAUCCGAAAGAUCGCGCUAAACGUCUACACAACAUUCCGGCACGUUUGUUCGAUCUGGCGUCUGAUAUAAGAGAUCCCAUCUUUCAAGAGUUCCAAAUACCACCGCAAGCAACACGUUGUUGUUCGGCUUGUCUAAUGCGUAUACGGCGUAAAUUGGAUCUUGAUCCGCAAAUAAACCUUACAGACGAAGAUCGUCGAAUGGAUGGUGAUGAAUCUGAUGUAAGUACUUCGUCGUGCGAUGAACGGGAAGUUGGUGGAAGUGAUACUGCUUCUGUGGAGAGUCCAGAAUCACAACGACAUAACUCGAUGACGAAGGAUGUACAAAAGCCACAGACGCCGAUUGCAGCUAGUGUUUCCUCUAAUGCGGCGGAUACUACAACGGUAACUAUAACAUCUGCUGGGAUUAAAGCUGAUGAACGUUUGCUACCACCACUGGGACAAGCGCCAAAAAAGCAGAAGACAUCCGAGGAGUAUGAUUCGUCAGCCACUGAGACUGCAGACGAGGAAAACGAGAAUUCGCCAGCGAACCGUCAAAGUCCCAAAGUAAUAUUAAAUAGCAGUGGGUUGGGACAAGGUCAAGGCAACGUUGGACUCGCACCGCCAAUAGCAAAUGCCCAACAAAUACACGCUGUUCAACUGAACGGACCACCACAGCCGGUUAUGGGAAUGCCUCCACGAGAACAAACUGGUGCGAAUGUGCAAGAUGUUUUAUAUUCAGUAAUCGAGCUGUCGCUUAAAACUAAAGGCCCGCCACCAGUGAAAAUGCCUUCACAAAUCCCAAAUGCGGCGCCUAUGCAUAGCGUGAAACCGAUCAUGGAACCCAUACGCAGUCGGGGAGAUCUCAGUAAUAAUAAUAAUAACAAUUCUAAUAAUGAUGUUACAAUAGUUGGCGAGUUCCGUAAUGAAGGAGCUAUAGUAAAGCAGCAAGCUCAUGGGCAACCAAUAGGUCUGAAUGCACGUCAAUCAAAUGCAUCGACUUCAAACGCUGGACAGGGUCCACCGGGUAGCCAAGGCCCUCCUGGUGGCAUUAUGCACCCCGAAAAUUUAGCAACAAUAUCUGUUGUAAACUCUCAUUUGUCUCACCAACAUCUUCCACCACAUGGUAUGUUACAUCAACAUGAAAUCAAGGCCACUAUAACACCGGUAGUGAAAUCUGGAAAGACACUAUCCUCAACACAACAGCAGCCAUCAGAUGCAAUUCGAUAUGCAAUGUCCAGUGUUGGUUCUCAACAACUUCGGAACAACGAACCAGAACCUCAGACUCUUGACCUCUCAAUAAAGAAACCUGCUCGAGAUGGUCCAUCACCCCAUACAUUGAACAGCGGUACAAGUUCUUUGAGCACUGAUAAUGGACCCCGCCAUCAACCACCACCAGGUGCUGUAAAGCAUGUCGGCAACGCUGCAUCCAUAUAUCGUGGCCCAGAUCUAGGCCCUUCAAAUCCAACGUAUUUAUAUCAUCCACAUCCGGCAACAGUGGGUAAGGGACCACAUGGUUCCGUCUACAUGUCUCAAGUACCUGGUCCCAUAACACAAGGUGUCGUGAGCGCACGAUCUCAAGCGGGCGGCGGACAACCGCCACCGCAACAGCCGCCUCUGUCCACGCACCAGACCCACAUGCAGUUACCAUCGGGAGUAGGAGGUAAUAGUAGCAAAGUGGGUGGUAAAAUGGCGCCCAAAUUAAGUCCCCAGCUGAUACAUGGUCCAUCUUCCCAUACAACAACAGCAUCACCAUCACAACAACAGCAACAACAACAAAUAAUGGUUGGUCCGAAAGGUUCCAUUACACAUGGUACGCCAGUUAAUAAUGCCCAACAAAUUAUAGUACAUCCUUCGCCUGCGACGCUGAGCCCUAAGUUUGAGAGUAUAUUGAGACAGACUCCUCCUUCCGGUGUCGAUGCAAACAAUAAAAUUGGCUCCAUAACCCAGGGCACACCUAUUCACUUGCCUUCACAUCACAUGGAGAGCAAACGUUCAUACGAAUAUUAUAAAACUUCGCAGCGUCAAAGUCCAGCACAACAACAGCAAAUUCCAGUGGUUGGCCAUCCCGGUGUGUUGCCACCUCCGCAACAGUCAUCGCCACAAGCACCACAGCCGCAGGGCUAUGGUGGCAGCUCGCCUUAUGCGCGUUCACCAUAUUCCGUUGACCAGUCGUCAGUACUGAGCACUCGUCAGAUAGUGUUGCAUGACUAUAUAACGUCACAGCAAAUGCAGGGUCAACAGCGAAACGUAUCACGUGGCAGCAGUAACAGUGCCGGUGGAGGAGGCGGUGGUUCGGACAAAGAGUCUCCAUCGCCUCGUAAUAGUGUUAGUGGUCCAGCCAGCGCACUGGUAUUCUACGACAAGGACCGUGGAAGAACUGAGUACUCAAGUCGUGCCUCACCCGCUGAACAUGUGAACAGCACUCCCAGCCCUCAUCGCACACCGCCUCCCCCACGACAAGGUGUCAUACAACGCCAUAAUACUGGUUCAAAGCCACCCUCACCUGCAACAAUGCCUCAAGGCCGUUUACAUGUGAUGCCACAUAACUAUCCGCCAGCUGGUCAUGAUGCAUUUUCCUCGUUUGUGGAUGUUGCCGUACAACAGCCACAAUUACCAGUGCCAUCACAACAGAAGGAGGAGAAACAACUUCGACAUGAAGCGCCACAGCCACCACCUCAUCAACAACAUUCGUCUCCGAACCAACCGCCUCCCACUCAACAGGAUAUACGGUACCAAAUGAUGCAGUUGAGCUAUCAUCAACAGCAACGCGCAGCGGCUCAACAGCAUCACCAAUAUCGCCAACAACAGGCUGCGGCGAGCGUUGCUGCUAAUGCUGAUCUCCAGCGUAGGAUACAUGCUAUCGAGCGGGAUCGUGAUUUACAGCAGAAACGUGACCGAGAGCGUGAAAAAGAACGUGAACAGAGAGAACGUGAGAGGGAACGCGACCGUGAUCGUGAACGAGAACGGGAACGCAUGGCGGAAUGCAUUGCUGCAAACGAGCGCGAUGCAGCGGGUCGACGCAUGACAGAGCGCAUGAGUGCAGCGGCUCAGCAUUAUAUGCGAGGGGGCCCCGAAACUGGACCACCGCGUGCUAUACCCGAUCGCGAAAGAGAUAUAUAUCAUAGGACACCACAGGACAGUACAUUGUCAGCACAGGUCUUAAUCGAUGCAAUCAUAAAGCAAUCGAUCAUACAGGGCAGCUCGGAACCGAAUCCAGCCAAUAUGAACCGACCAUCAUAUUAUAAUUCGCGUGAAUUGCCCCCCUCAGUACGGCAACAUCCUGGUGCUACCUCACUGGCCGCAGCCGAGAAUAAUGGCAAAGCGAACUCGCCGAGUGUCAUCAACAUUGACUUGGACAGCGAUCGUGCCAGCAGUAGUAGUAAUCAACAUGAAUCGCCAAGUGUUAGUGUAGUGAAUUCGCGUGGUAGUAAUGUUUCUCAUAUAAACCGAGGCGGUCUUCAGAGUGGUGGCCCACCUGGUAGUUUAUCUACUCAACCAGGUGUUUCAUUAUUGCCCCCAACAUCCCAAGCACAGGUCCAGGCACAAAAGCAGCCGCAAAUACUGAAGACAAAUAUCACAUUCGGCGAGUUGGCGGAUUCUAUUAUAGCGAAUGAUUAUUGUCCGAACCCGAUGCAGUUAAGACCACAUGUUAACUAUAUGCCCUAUCUUCAGGAACAGCAACCGAUGGUUAUGACUGAACAUUGGACAAAAUAUAAUAGACGAUUGCAACAGAAAGAAGUAGAAGCGGCCGCUGUGGCCGCGGUUACCGAACGAAAUAAGGCAGCUAACACACAAAACAACAGUAGUGGAGUCACGGUCAGCACCAGUGGUGCCUCUGGCCUUCAAGGUAAUAGUGGCAUGUCGGCGACCGGUAGUGGCCGUUCCAAUACACCAGCUGAUGAGCGCAACAUUAUCCGAAUGCAGCAAACUGUGAGUCCACGGAAAUAUGAUCUGAUGAUGCAGCCACCACAUGAUCAGAAUGCAGCUGCAGUUGCUGCUAGUCAUUAUUACCAUUCGCAUGGUCCAACCCCACCGUCUAGCGUAGCACCACCUAUGAGUAUGCAUGCACGUAGCAGUAGCGCGGGUAGUGGUGGUUCGUCGUCGAUACCAUCACCUCAUGAUCAACGUAUGACAGGGGGCAAUAGUGGUAGUGGAAGUGGUGUUGGUAUUAUCCCAUCUAGCGGUUCAGUGACACAAAACCAUCCAUUCGAUACAAUGAAGUAUGUAAAAAAACGCAUUGUGGAAGUAAUGCGCACCGAGGAUGAAGAAAUGCAGCAUCAGCAUGCGCACAACGAUCAUCGCGGAGGCAAGGACCUGCACGAUGGCCCAGUUAGUAACACAAUGCGCAAAACACCCAAUCAGUACGAUGAUGGGCGCGAUAAUAGACGAGUGUCGACAGUAUCCUCCAGUGGUAGUAGUGCUGGCAGUGGUAACAUCAAUAACGAUACACAUCACAGCAUAGUAUCUUCACAGCCGCCACCAUUAGGUGCGUAUCAGCCUCAACCGCCGGUCACAACAUUUGCCCCAACCACGUACGCAUAUCCGUACAGCGCGCUUAAUGUUCCGAGUUCAGUAGCAGCUUUAGCACCUCCUUCACAAAUGACAACAUCGCAACUAUCAUCGUUGGGACAUCAGGUACCAACAUCACACAUUGGCAAACAAACAUCCAGUCAUUCAAUAGGUAUCACUGGCAGUGGAGGUGUUGCCAUGACAGUGUCUAGCGGCGCCGCAGCAUCAGGUGGUGCGCCAGUAGUUGAGCCGAAGCCGCUGUUGUCGGCGCAAUAUGAAGCACUCAGCGACGAAGAUUAGUUGUGACUGCAGGCGUCUGGACGAACGCCACAACAACAACCGAUACAGAAACAUCAGCAGCAGCAACAACAGCAACCACCUGCUCCACAAAUUUGGCAUUGUGAACACGAACGCAUACGGCAGCAGCAACAACACUUGCAACAACAUUACCAGUUGCAAAAUAACCGCAAUUACAACAAGAGCAAUUGCAAUAAUGGUAACAGCAACAACAACCACUAUUACUAAAUGAAAACCCUACUGAGUGAGAGUGUGCAAGAGAUAUAUUGUGAGAAAAAGUAACUAUAGGUAUGCAGCAAAGACUCUGCCGUCUGCCCAGGUCCACGCUACAUUGUCAUCCAACUUUAAUUUGCGUUAAAAACUAAGCGCCGUAACUGAUGUAUUACCAGUUGUCUUGGCAUAAUUCAAACAUAAAAAUAGUCCAGUAAUCGCCUGCAGGAAAAAUCUGAAAUUAUAGAAUUAAAUAGCCUUUACCAGUAUAUUUUAAUUGUAUACAGACGGUACAGUACGGUUAAUGGACAAGAGUUAUUGUAAACGUUUAGCAGUUUUAGGCAGUUGUAACUUCAAAGUAUAAAACUAAAAUAGAAAGCAAAUAUUUUUGUUUUAAAAUUUCUUAAACCGUUCCAACAUAAAAAUAAUAGCAAAGUUUCAAAGAAUACUUUUGCACAAGCACCAAAUUUUCAAGAACUCACAAACUUUGUAUUAUAAAAAUAAUUUGUAUACCGUAGCAUUCCCAUAUACACCCAUGAACAUAAGCCUGGAAUUUUAACAAAACAAUGCAAAUUCACUAAAUAAUAUAUAUGUAAAUAUAUAAAUGUGAAAAUUAAACUAAACACGUAAGAACUGUAUAAAUUUAUGGAUUAAAAAGGAGCUGGUUAAAUGAACACGAAAAUUCAGUACAAUUCUUUACAGUCAUGGAAUGACCCAACUUGAAGAUAUUUAUUUAAUUGGAUUUUUUCUUUUUUAUUUAUUUUAUGUGAGUAGCGAAUUGUAAUCCAUUUUAUUUUUUCUUGAAAGCGCAAAUGUCAUUAUAGAUAGAACAUAAAUUAAAAAACAACAUCGAAGUUAAUUCACAGUACACAUAAGUUCGCUGUUACCAAAAAUCACGUUUUACUUCGGUUAAUUUAUUAGAUAUUUUGUUACGUAUGGAUAAUAUUAAUCGUUUACAAAAUAUUUUUUAGUGUACUUCUGUAACCAGCUCUUAUAAAUUUGGAAUCCUGUGAAAAUGCUUAACGUUAGAAAGCACGGCAAAUUGAAAUGCAAUAAUACAAUCAACGCUCUAAACUCACCACAUACAAAUCAUCAAAAUACAAAUCAGUUUUGAUGGUAACGAUGUUUAAAAACAAGGCAUUAUUUUUUAGCACUCUUUAACUUUUUAUGUUGACGUUUUUUUGCUUAUUUUCGAAAAAAAAUAUUGUGAUCUGGCAUAGAAUAAAGAGGGCGAAUUACAAUUUUUAAGACUCAUUAGAUAAAAGUGAAGAAUCAAUCAUUAAAUAGCUUUAGCUCAAAAUUAAUGUGCAUUUUGUUUAUAAAUAUGUUCAGUUAAGACUAAUUUAUGCUAUUUUCGACAUAACAUUGACAGUAUGUGAGAUGAAAAAACUAUAUAUAAAAACGCUAAGACUUAUGCAACAAAACAAACAAAUAGAGUAAAGAAAUAUAAAAAUAAAAUGCAAAAACUGCUGAUUAAAUAAAAAGAACGAGUUACAGUUAUAAGCCUGAGUUAAGAAUAAAGUAUAACUAACUUAUUUAAACGAGAACAAAUGGUUUUGAGUAAAAGCACGCUGCUGUGGUUGCGCGGAAAAAAGUUAAAAAUGUAUACAUAUAUAUAUAUAGUAUAUAAACCAUUUAAGCUUUUCUAUUCUACAAUAUAUUUAAAUAAAAGAAAAAUUAUACAAAUGUAAAUCUAAUUUAAAUUAUGUAAACAUGAAAGUGAAGAUAUAUAUUUGUAUAUAUAAAUUUAUAAAAAAAAAAUAACAAUGAGAGACGACGAAACGCUUAAGUUUUUGCUAUUCAUACAAAACAAAAAAAGAGAAUACAAUAAAUAAUUAUAUUUAAAAUUUACUUAUACUACUUAGUUAAAAAAAAUAUAAUGAGUGUUGCAUAAAGCAUGAUUGUAAAGAAUUCAAAAAUUUGAAAUAAAGUUGGAAAUUGACCACGUGGA